AUGGCAACCGGCGACCCCAACCAAACCCACCACCACAUCGUCUGCCUCGAAGAAUGCCACUGCCCCAUCCCGCCCUUCUCCUUCCCCCACACCUACACAGGCUACGACUCAACCCCGCCCUCAGCCCCAGCUUUAAUAUCCGCGCUGCACGACGCCACAAUCGCAAUCACCACCAUCGUCCCAAUCACGCCGGACGUGCUGCAAGCUUGUCCGCGCCUGCAAUGCAUCGUCGUCAUGGCCACCGGCGUCGAAUGGGUGCACGAACACAGCGCCGCGUUCCAGGCGCGCGGGGUAACAGUGAUCAACUGUCCCGGGGCGAACGUGGGAACCGUUUCUGAGCAUGCGAUUGCGCUGUAUUUUGCUGCGCGGCGGAAGGUUGUGGCUUUGCAUAAUCUGGUGACGGGGUCGGGAUUGGGAACGUCUGGUGAUGAGUCGAAUGAGUAUGCGGAGAAACGGACGCUCGUGCAUCGCUUUGAAGGAGGGCCGCCGCAUACGACGCAGCAGGAGGUCCUGGCUAUAAUCGGGUACGGGGCUGUGGGGAAGCGCAUUGAGACUGUUGCGAGGGCGCUGGGGAUGCAGGUUCUAAUUGCGGAGCGGAAGGGGGCUAUGGGGAUGCAGGUGAGGGAGGGGAGGGUGGGGUUUGAGACGGCGGUGCAGAGGGCGACGGUUGUGAUUGUUGCGGCGGCGAAGAGCGAGGAGACGGUCGGGUUGAUUGGGGAAGAGGAGUUGCAGGCGAUGAGGAGGGAUGCGGUGGUUGUCAAUGUUGCCAGGGGAGGGAUCGUGGAGGAGAGGGCGCUUGUUCGGGCGUUGAGGGAGGGCUGGAUUGCUGGGGCGGCGGUGGAUGUGUUCGAUGGGGAGCCCCCGGUGCGUGGGCAGUCGGUGCUGCUGGAGGACAAUGUGCCGAACUUGACUCUAUCACCGCAUAUUGCGUGGUUCUCGGAGUCGACGAUUCGGAAUCUGCAGGAUUUGUUGGUCGAGGGGUUGGAGGGGUAUAUCGAAGGGAACCUGGUUAAUGUUGUCUGUUAA